GGCGGGUCUUUUUUUCCGCAGUCUUAACUUCCUUUAAUGCAUGUCGCUUUUUAUUAGUCAGUGUUGAUUUUUUUUAUUUAUGAUUUGCAUUGUUCUGCGUAAAUGUAUGCCAGAGGAACUGCUGAGGGAAAUCCUGAGUUCAUGACCGUCUCUCAAUUUUGUCUAACUCUCCUUGUCCGCAUAACUGCUCCAGCAACACGUUUGCGUCACAGUUUCUGCAACAUCCCACUUUUUUAUUACAAUUUAGAUGCUUUUUAAUCGGUGCUGUUUUAAUAACCGCGAGCUGCACUUUAAAAAGACCUUUAUUUUUUAAAUAAUCUAGCAUUGAAACUUAACAGUUUAACAGGAACAAACAUGAAUUUUUAUUAAUAAUCACUCAACAAAACAAAUCUCUUGUGUAAAUUGCUGUGUGACAGGGACGCAAAAUAAACUACAUGUCCCAUCAUCCUGGCUACUUCCUGAUCACUGCGCAUGUGCAAUCGCUGUGGGCCGUUAUUGUGUCCUCCUCAAGCUUCAAAUGAACAACAGGCUAAGCCCUCCUAAAAAUAAAUUAAAUAUUUAUUCCGACGGAGCGGGUUCUUUUCGCCCGGCGUGUCUCGGCGGACAUUCAUGGAGCGUCUCGGUCUGUAGCUCGUCGUUUCGCCGGGCGGGGUGGUCCUCCGGUGAACUCGAAGGCCAAAAACGGUUUUCGGAGUGACAGCCCCGUUCGAGGCAGCAGGCUGGCUGUUCGUGUAGCUGCUUAGCCUCCUAGCUAGUUUCCCAGACAGCUGCGAGCUGAGGGGUAAAAGCUCGAAGGCCGUCUGAGUGUUGGCAGGGCAGAAGAGCCGGAGCUGGCGCUCUGCCCCCGCGACCGGCAGAACCAUGGCACACCUUCGGGACAUGCAGAACCAGAACACCCACCUGGACCCGGAGGAGUACUUCACCAAGCAGGAGCGCAUCGGGAAGGGCUCCUUUGGAGAGGUCUACAAGGGCAUCAACAACCGCACUAAGGAGGUGGUGGCCAUCAAGAUCAUUGACCUGGAGGAGGCAGAGGAUGAGAUAGAGGACAUCCAACAAGAGAUCACAGUGCUGAGCCAGUGUGACAGUCCUUAUGUUACCAAAUACUACGGGUCCUACCUCAAGGGGACCAAGCUGUGGAUUAUCAUGGAGUAUUUAGGUGGAGGAUCUGCUCUGGAUCUGCUCCGCCCAGGACCUCUGGAGGAGACGUACAUCGCUACCAUACUGCGGGAAAUCCUGAAGGGGCUGGAGUAUCUGCACUCCGAGAGGAAGAUUCACAGAGACAUCAAAGCUGCCAACGUGCUCCUGUCAGAGCAAGGCGACGUGAAGCUGGCAGACUUCGGCGUGGCGGGACAGCUGACGGACACGCAGAUCAAGAGGAACACGUUUGUGGGCACGCCGUUCUGGAUGGCUCCAGAGGUCAUCAAGCAGUCGGCCUACGACUUUAAGGCGGACAUCUGGUCUCUGGGAAUCACUGCCAUCGAGUUGGCCAAGGGGGAACCCCCCAACUCUGACCUACAUCCCAUGAGGGUCCUGUUCCUCAUCCCUAAAAACACUCCUCCCACGUUGGAAGGGCCGUACAGCAAACCGUUUAAAGAGUUUGUGGAGGCCUGUUUAAACAAGGAUCCCCGUUUUAGGCCCACCGCGAAGGAGCUGCUGAAGCACAAGUUCAUCACUCGCUACACCAAGAAGACGGCUUAUCUGACGGAGCUGAUAGACCGGUACCGCCGCUGGAAGUCGGAGGGACACGGAGAGGAGUCCAGCUCAGACGACUCGGACAUGGAUGCUGAUGGGGACGGAGAGCAGUGUCCCGUGUGGACCUUCCCCACCGUCAGGCCCAGUUCUAUGAGCCAGUUACAGAUGGACUACGCACAUUUAGAGUCGGGGUCAGGAGACUCCAUGAAGAGACAGCCCAAGUCCCAGUGCCUGUCUGCUUUGGUAACGCCCAUCUUCAGAGAACUGAAGGACAAGCGGCGAGCGAGUGGCGGCGGGGCAGGAGCCAUAGAGGAGCUGGAGAACGCCUUCAACCUGGCAGAGGAGUCGUGUCCGGGCAUCUCCGACCGCCUCGUCACGCACAUGAUGGAGAGAGUGUGCAGGUUUUCUUUAAACGGAAACACCGCUCCCUCCUCACGGUGAAACCAGCGGGAUGUGAUGAGCCAGCCGCCCCUUUUCCCGUCACCUGUUCAAGUUGUCAGAUGAAAUGUGCCCCACCCCCUCAGAGAUCUUUUCAUUAGCUAUGACGACAUAUUUUUAAAGGUUUGCUUCCAGAGUGGAGAGUAUUUAAGAGGAAAAGCCAUGACCCUUAAGAGCGUCGUCUGCCCGUUAGACUGAGAACUGCUACAAUAAACUCCACAGAAAAUCUUUCCUUGUUUUGGUUUUUGAACGACAUCAAUAAGAUUUUGAAAGCUGCUGACUGUCGUCCCACAAACUCCCCUCAUGAGACGAUGCAGAAGACCCCAACCAUGCAGAAGGGGGAACAUUGUGGAAGCUCGGCUGCUAACAAAGGGAAACCCGCAGCGGUCUUCACAUGACGUCAACAAACACGGCGUUACACUGAUUAAUGAACCGUUUUCCAACUAAACGGGUGAAGCCGCCUGAACAGAACUGUUUCCUCCAACUCUGCCCUCAAAGCGUUUCGGAGUCGACGUCUGUCUGCACACCGCUGCAGAUGGCCGAGCUCCUCCCACUAAGGAUGUUAUGAGGACCCUUAGAAGGCAACCUCCGUUUUUAUGAGUGACAAAGAAUCUGUGAAGCUCAGCAGCACACUUUGUGAGAUUCUGUGCAGCAAAGCAGCACCAGACCAUAAGCAAACCUCCUCCGUGCUUCACAGCCGAGUCCUUUUCUUGGUUUGCUUCAUGUCCCCAUAAAGCUCCGGAUUAGUUUCCUCGUCUCGCAGGGGAACUUUGGGCCUUGGAACAAAUGUCCGUCUUGUUUCUGUGACCUUCAGCUGGGAUGCUCCUAUUCUUCUCCUCUUGCAGACACGUCCACGGAGGUCUGCAGUCCCGUGGAGCUUCAUCUUCUGCUGGAAUGAGCUGCUGUCGUCUCAGAAACAUCACACUUGUCCUAAGCUCCUGAGGCGGUUCUUUUUGUGGUCCACGUUUCCACUGAACGGGAAUUCUAAGCUUUGAGGCCUUUCAGGCUCAUCAGCUGAGCUCUGGGGCCACCGGUCUGCAUAAACUGAAGCUCAGAACUUUCUAGCGGACCCAUCUCCCUCCGGUUCUGUUCUGAGAGUUUAUGGGCUGUUCUUUCUGCUUCUGUAUGUUUUGCUUUGUGCAGAUAAAGGAAGCUGCAGUCAGA